AUGACCCUUUCCCAGCUGUACACCACCUUCGACAAGGGCACUCCCCCCUCCUCCCUCGGUACCGACCGCGACUACAACAUCGACCUCAUCCCGAAGCUGAUGCUUGCCUCGGAGGAGCUCGUCGACAUCCUCAUUUUCACCGAUGUCGUCCGCUACCUGGAGUUCAAGCAGAUCGCCGGCAGCUACGUCUACCGCAAGGGCAAGAUUGACAAGGCGAUUGUCCUGAAUUCGUGGCCCCGGAACCGGCUCCUGGCGCUCGUGGUCUCGACGGUCCUGCUCAUUGUGGCCGUCAUCCUUUCGGGCGGUCUUUCCGGUGCGCCUCUCAUCCCCGCCACUCCCAACGAGGCCCUCAUGUCCUCGCUCUUUGGCUUCAUGGAGAAGAUCCGCGCGCGCUCCUUCUUCGAGUUCAUCGCCAAGUAUGACCCGGCCGACCCGAGCACCCACGACAACCUGGACUUCAAGAAGAUGACCGCCUCCGACGUGUUCAAGUACUUCAAGCUCACUCCUGACGUGCAGGAGAUCAUCGGCCACUCGAUGUGCCUCUUCCAGGAUGACUCCUUCCUGCAGCUGCCCUUCAGCGAGAUCUACAAUGCCAUGGUCCUCUACUCGACCUCUCUCCGUCGUGCCAGCACCUCCCCCUACAUCUACCCCCGCUACGGUCUGGGCGAGCUCCCUCAGUCUUUUGCCCGCCUGUCUGCCGUCUUCGGCGGCACCUACAUGCUGGCCAUGCCUGACAUCAAGAUUGUCCGCGGUGAGGAUGGCAAGGUGAUCGGUGUCAGCUCCAAGGACGAGAUGGCCAAGUGCUCGGCCGUCAUUUGCGACCCCUCGUACGCUGCCUCCGGCGGCAUCGAGACCAAGGUCACCAACCGCGUCAUCCGUGCCAUUUGCAUCCUCAACAACCCGGUCCCCAACACCGACAACGCCGACUCCCUGCAGCUCAUCAUCCCCAUGAGCCAGGUCGGCCGCAAGCAUGACAUCUAUGUCGCCGUCACUUCCUACGCCCAUGACGUCGCCGCCAAGGGCCACUACAUCGCCAUUGUGUCUACCGUCGUCGAGACCAACGACCCGGAGCGCGAGAUCCAGAUUGCCCUCAACCUCCUUGGCCCGAUUGUGGAGAAGUUCGUCAAGAUCUACGACGUCUGCGUCCCUCUCGACGAUGGUCGCUCUUCGAACAUCUUCGUGUCCAAGUCCUACGAUGCCACCUCUCACUUCAUCUCGGUCACCCAGGACGUCAACGACAUCUACCAGCGUCUGACCGGGGACAAGCUCAAGCUCGAGAAGCGUGCCACCAUGGACGAGGAGGCCAAGUAA